CUUAUUUCGUUUCCUGUUUGACAUAUGGGACAUCGAGAUGCCACCAUCCGAUGCGCUAGAUACUAACAAACUCUAAUCAUCUCGAUUGGGAUAUGGUUUGCAUUACAUGGUACGUUCCGCAAACUUUGGCUAAGCACACUGGUUGUCAGAUGUUCAUCCCAUGGUUCGAGCAAGCCCGCGUUAGUGUGGGAAAGUUUUAGCGAGCAAAACCUACCAAACAAACCAGCAAGCAAGCACGCACGCAUCCCACCAUGCCCGACCAGAAACGUCACUCGCCUUAUUUCUUUUCCCGUCUCGCGUGCUGGACAUGUCGUCUUCUUCUCUCCACGUCAUCGCGCUGAUCUCGGGCGGAAAGGACUCGUUCUUCUCCAUCUUGCACUGCCAGGCUAAUGGUCACUCCAUCGUCGCGUUGGCAAAUCUUUACCCGCCGCCUUCGUUUGCGGCGGGUCAGGAUGGAGAUAUCAAUAGCUACAUGUACCAGACCGUGGGGCAUGCCGUGAUUCCGCUGUACGAACAAGCGCUAGCCAUCCCUCUCUACCGCCAAGAAAUCACUGGUAAAACAGUCAAUUCAAACCGCGAUUAUGAGUUGUCAAUCGCACAGCAAGAGCAGGAACAGGAUGAGACGGAGGAUCUGGUGCCGUUGCUGGAGAGAAUCAUGUGCGCGCAUCCAGAGGCAAACGCCGUGUCUACAGGCGCGAUCUUGAGCACGUAUCAGCGGACGAGAGUCGAGUCUGUUGCGUUGAGGCUGGGCCUCACGCCGCUGUCAUAUCUGUGGCAGUAUCCCUUACUCCCCCCGUAUACGCAGUCGUCUCUUCUGCAUGAUAUGGCGGCCGUGGGACAAGAAGCUGUGAUCAUCAAGACUGCGUCUGGAGGUCUGGAUGAGGGCUUUUUGGGGCUGGAUGUUGCACAGCAGAAGACUAUUGCCAGGUUGGGGAAAGCGAUGGGACGAUUUGGCGAGGAGAGUAAUGGUGCGAUUUUGGGCGAGGGCGGCGAGUUUGAGACGCUGGCGCUUGAUGGGCCGAGGGCGCUGUGGAAGAAGAGGGUUAGGGUUGAGGCUGCGGCGCCUGGCGUGUUGGAGGGCGGGCAGACGGUGUUUAGGAUCAAGGAGAGUAGGCUUGAGGAGAAGAGUGGGGACGAGGAGGGAAACAGCGCGCCAGUGAGGGUACCUGAGCUCUUCGACGAGGAGUUCAAGAAGGUACUCGAGUCCACAGAGCACGACGACGCCACGCUUCCCAUUGAACCCACAGAAACAUCUCCCUCGGCAGCCUCAGAAUCUCUCCCACAGAACACAGCCAACUCCACCCCCACAGCAUUCACAUCCUCCAACCUCAGCAGCCGCACGUCCAGCUCCCCCUCCCGCCAACUCACACACAUCCUCCUCCGCCUCGCCCACACCCUAACCCAACACCACCUCCCCAAAUCAGCCAUAAACCACUGCACGCUCCUCCUCCGCAACAUGGCCGACUUCACGAUCCUCAACCCCAUCUACGCGCAGUACUUCAGCGGCGUGAACCCCCCCGCGCGCGUCACCAUAGCCGCAGGCGACGCGAUGCCCAGCGGCGUGCACGUAAUGCUAAGCGUGGUCGCUGAUAAGUUGGGCACUGAGCAGCAGGCCAGACGACAGGGUCUGCAUGUGCAGAGUCGCAGCUACUGGGCGCCUGCAAACAUCGGACCGUACAGUCAGGCUAUUUCCGUCCCGCUCCCCCUAGUCCAGACAAACAGCAAAGACGAAGACGAAGACGGAGAUAAGAAGCCCAAGCCCGACGAAAUAGUCUACAUAGCAGGUCAAAUCCCGCUCGUCCCCGCAUCCAUGGCCGUCUACUCACAAGCGGGUUUCACCGGCCAGGCCGCCCUGUCACUGCAACAUCUAUGGCGUAUCGGCCGCGCAAAAGGCGUGCGGUGCUGGACGGCGGGCGUAGCUUUUAUCCCCGCAGGCGCACAUGCAGAGCAGCGUGUGCGCACCGCUCAGCGCGUGUGGAAGGCGCUUCAUUCUGCACCCUCCGGCCCAUCCUCUGACAGUGACGAAGGAGAAGAAGAAUCACCAGACCCCUGGGACCGCCUAAACCGCGCCAAAACCUCCCCGUUCAACGACACGACGCUCCGCCUCCCUAUCCCCGAUCACACCACCACAUCCACUUCAUCCACACCCCCCUGCUUCGUAGCCCAGGUCUCUUCGCUCCCGCGCGAUGUGGAUGUAGAAUGGAGCGCUAUGGGCCUCGCAUCUGCCUCUGUGACGCAGACGCAAAUGCAAAUACAUGGUUCGGUGCUGACGCGUGUGCAGACGGAGAAUUCGCGGUCGCGCUUCUAUGCGCUUGAGGUGAGGGAGAUGGCGGAUUUUGAGGCGCUGCGUGAGGAGGGGGUGAGGGAAUGGACGAGCGCGACAUUGUAUGCGGGGCGGGGGUUUGAGGGAAGUGUGCAGAUAGGGAUGGGUGUGCAGUGGGUGCCUUGUCAUAGGGUGUGGGGGGAUGAUGGAAAGGAGGUGAGAGGUGUGUUGGUGGGGAGGGUGGAUUGGGAUUGAGAUGAGAGGCUGGCUUGCUUGUGGAUGGAGUGUAUACCCUGUUGAUCGGUGGGGAGGAAGGUGUAUGGACGACGACAUAUCCACUCUUAGCAAAGGAGUUCAAACCAAAAGAAUCGACAUUAUACUCGUACAAUCAUACCUCCUUACCCGUCUCAAAACCCAGGCCUCGUCCUUUCGCCCUUCCAAAACCCCAUAACCUCCCCUGUCUCCCCAACCCACUCUUUAACUCCCGUAACAA